AUAAUAUACAUUCCUACAUUAACCAUGUUAAUAUUGUCGAUGAUGAUACGUAUAUAUAUUAUAGUACCCAACAUACAGUGAGAAUAAAGACUGACAAAAGGAUAGUUAUUAUUAACAGUCAUCAAAAUGGCAGGUUGCAGUCCAGGCCAGGACAUAACUGUAGAUUAUCUCCGUCACAUGUGUAUUUCAAAGUUAGAAGAUGAGAAAAUACUUGAAUUUCUUUCUACAUCAUCGAGAGAGCUUUACCAAUUCACAAGUUCUGCAGAGCUCACGAAUGAAGCUACUGAAAUUUUACUUCAUCUUGUUGCGUGCGCAUCACGGGUUGAACUACAUUCGUCACGUCAGAAAGUUCUCCAGCUUCUUCAAUCAAUGACAGAAUCACCAAUCUUGAACAACAGCGGAGCAAAACUACUUAUAAUGAAUAGUAGCAGUUGCAGGAACUACCAUUCAUACCAAUGCCUUCUUGCUGAUUUUCUGACUGUACUUCAAAAAUUGUAUGUAACCAUUCCGUCGACACUAGACACGCCACAAAAAAUUGGAUUGGUCACUCUUCUUCAAAAGCAAAUAAAAGGUUACGACGAUUUUGAAAAUAAGCAACAACUUCAAGAAGAUAUCGACGAACUUCAAAGCUGUCUUAUACGAAAACUUUCAGAAAGAGCUGAAACCGUAAGAAAUUUUAAGAAGAAGGAAAAAAUUUCAGAGGAUAAAUUGAAACCACCAGACGAUUUCCGGUGUCUCUCGGUAAUGCCAGAGGAAGACGACAUGCUAUACCAAACAAUUUUCCUCCGAAGGAACAAAGCUAAAGGGGGAUACAACGACCUAGAUCACUACUUAGAUGUUCAGUUUCGACUGUACAGAGAAGACUGUAUUAUACCUUUACGUGAGGUCUAUGAAGAAUUCAUAACAAAAGAUAAAGAAAAUGAAAGAUUUCGUUUAGAAAGUGGACGCAUCUACAGAGACGUUAUAAUACAAAAGACAACAAGUACUUCAUUGGACCAUGGCGAAGUUUUUAUUAUUCAGCUGGAUGACGAACAUAGACAACGUAUCCGCUGGAACAAUUCAAAACGACUGAUAUUUGGAUCGGUUUUGCUUUUGUCAUUUGACCGUUUCAAAUCUUUGUUGUUUGCAUUGGUUUCUGAUUCUAAACCUGACGAAAUGAAAGAAUCAGGUACUUUUAAAAUUAAGAUUUUCAAAACUAUGCCGAAUCAGCAGAUACCUAGAGAAACCCCAGGAAUACUUCUUGAAGCAACAUCUGCAUACUUUGAGGCAUACCAUCAUGUUUUAACCGCUCUCCAAUCAAUUGAAGAAAACACAUUGCCAUUUCAACAAUAUAUUGUUCAUUGCAAUAGUUCAGUUGAUAUGCCAAAGUAUCUUGCUAUAGACCCUGAUGUAAGAUUUGAUCUAAGAUCUAUACUAGCUAUAAACCAGGACCAAAAUGAGUUAAGUGAAAGUUCGGAAGAAGAUUUAGACGAUUUACUAGUGGCAUUGACAAAGCAUGUGCAAAGAUCAGCAGUAAAAGAAAAAAAGAUGGAGACACCAGAUGCUGAAAAACUUACGAUAAAGGUGACGGAUAAAUAUCGAUGGCCUUCUGCAGAAGAACUUGGUAUGGACGAAUCACAGAGGUCAGCAUAUAUAUCUGCUCUUACAAAAGAAUUUGUACUGAUCCAAGGACCACCUGGGACUGGAAAAACCUACAUUGGUCUUCAAAUUGCCAAAACGUUAGUUCACAACAAAGACAAAUGGAAAAUAACACGAGAUUUUGAUCAUGAUGGGGAAAGGUUUCCCGAGAAGAAACAAUGUAUCUUGAUAGUGUGCUAUACAAAUCACGCACUGGAUCAGUUUGUUGAAGGUAUCAUCGGAUUCACCCCAGAAAGAGAACUAAAUAGUGAUAUCCCUGCUGUUAUUAGAAUUGGAAACCAAAGUAAAAAUCCUGCAGUUGACAAAUACUCUAUCAAAAAUCAUCGGCACAAAGUUCAUAAAAGGAGACAGGCGCAUGAGGUAAUGGAAGCAGCUGAGCGUACCAGAUACGAUGUUUUAACUAUUCGUUCAAUUUUAAAAAUAAUUCAAGGCCAACAUUGUGUUCUUUUUUUCCGACAAUUAAGGCCAUUCAUGUUAGAACAUCAUGUUCUUAAUUUUCAAAAUGAUCCCUUUAAUGACUGGUUGGACUGGAUUCAUGUAUCUCCAAAAUCGUGGUUUUAUGAAGUUCAGAGGGAAAAGUCGCAGAAAAAACACAGACAAAAAUCUAACCGAACUAGGGCAAGUGCAAAUUCACAACAGCCUGUUAUUAACAUAAUGACAGAUGCCGAAUACCAAUACAGUGAAAGGUCAUUAGACGAGAAUGUGGAAUUUAGUUUUAAUGUUAACUGGAUUGGCAUUGAUGUAAACGACCAGUUGAGUCAGAUCUUGGCCGACAUUCAAGACAAAGUAUGUCAAGACAUUUUACACGAAGAAGCUGAAGUUGUUUCAAACGAAUUGAAAGCAAUGUCUGCAGCAAAUGAUUUUGUAAUUGAGAGAACAAGAGAUUUGUGGAGCCUUUCUUUGGAGAAUCGAUGGAAAUUAUACCGCCAUUGGCUACGGAAAUAUGUGGAAUACCUGAAGGAAAGUCUUCAGAUAGAAGAAAACAAAUUUAAUGGAAUAUUUGAAGAUUACAAAAAGGUCAGAGCAGAACUUGAUGAAGCAAUCUUAAGACAGGCAUCUGUUAUUGCUAUGACAACGACUGGUGCUGCAAAAUAUCACGAGGUACUCAUGAAAAUUGGUCCUCGAAUCACUAUCAUAGAGGAAGCUGCAGAGGUACCAGAAGCGCACAUUGUAACUGCAAUAAAUCCUGAAUGCGAACACCUCAUUUUGAUAGGUGAUCACAAGCAAUUGGAACCAAAACCAGCUGUUCGUGAAUUAGCUACACGAUUUAAUCUUUCGAUUUCUUUGUUUGAGAGAAUGAUUAAUAACGGUUUAGAAUACGAUUGUCUGCAAAGACAGCAUAGAAUGAGACCAGAAAUCUCCGAAUUAGUAAGACACAUGUAUCCGAAGCUUUAUGACAAUUCAAAUGUUCUAGAGUACGAGAAUGUUCGAGGUAUUCGACAAAAUCUGUUCUUCAUUAAUCAUGAGCAUCUCGAACAGUAUAAUGCAGAUGGCAAAAGUUUUACAAAUGAACACGAAGCAGAAUAUGUGAAAGAACUUUGUACCUAUCUUUUGAAGCAAGGUUACAAGCGAAAUGAAAUAACAAUUCUUGCUGCAUAUACGGGUCAGAUGUUUUUGAUACGCAGCAAAAUGCCACGAGCUCAAUUUGAAGGAAUUAAUAUAAGCGUUUUGGACAACUACCAGGGAGAAGAGAAUGAAAUUAUAGUAUUGUCCUUGGUGCGCAAUAAUAAUAAUGGUGAUAUUGGAUUUUUGAGGCGUGAAAAUAGAAUAUGCGUGGCUUUAUCAAGAGCUAAGAAGGGUCUUUACAUUUUAGGUAAUAGUGAAACAUUAACAAAAGAUUCCAAUGAAUGGAGGACGGUGAUACAGAAAAUAAAGUCAAAUAAAAGAGAAGAUACAAACCAUGCAUGCCCAAGACCAGAUUUUGGAACGUCUUUUGGUCAAGCUUUACCAUUGUACUGUAGAAACCAUCCAGCAAAUGAAGGAAUUCUAGCCGUAUUACCUGCAGAUUUCGCCAGAGCACCAGAAGGAGGUUGCGAACUUUUUUGCGGAAUAAGGUUGGAAUGUGGUCAUGUUUGCCGUUUGAGAUGUCACCCGUACGAUAAAAACCACGUGGAAUAUGAAUGUAGGAAAAUGUGUCCCAACGUUUGUGAUGAAAAUCAUAAAUGUAACAAACGCUGCCAUUUUCCUAAAUCUUGCGAAUGUGAAGUUAUAAUGGAAAGGACGCUCCUAUGUAACCACACAGUGAAGCUCAAGUGCCACAUUGAUCCAUCGGAACACCAAUGUCUUGUGGAUGUGAAGCGUUCCUUAUUGUGUGACCACAGAAUUAUCUUAAAAUGCCAUAUAAAUUAUGAAAAGUAUAUGUGCAGAGAAAUUGUUACUUGUACACGAGACGACUGUGGUCACGAGUUUAAGCGGGAAUGUCACGACAUUACUUUUGAACGGAAAAACAAAUGUGAGAUAAAAGUUGACAAAACUCUGAAAUGUGGACACAUAGAAGUAAUCAAAUGUUACCAAAAUAGAGAUGACUUAUUCUUUUCAUGCAAAAAGAAAUGCCUAAAAAAAUGUGAGAACAGUCAUAUUUGUGAUCGUGUAUGUCAUUUUUCUGCCGAAUGUCACUGCAACGUACAGAUAAAUAAAACAUUACCACGGUGUGGUCAUGAUAUUCUCAUUGAAUGUUCGGAAGAGGUUAACCAAUUAACACGUUGCACUGAACAGGUAGACUUCAUUCUGGAAAGAUGCGGACACCAUAAAAAUAUAUCUUGCAGUGAGAAGCACAGCAUUGAAACAACUGAACCGGGAAAGAGAGAAUUAUAUGAAAAGUGUAUCAAGUGUUGUGUGAUUAUUCCAGUAGACUUACCUAAAUGUGGCCACUCAAAACUUGCCGAAUGCUGGAAGUCGUUUAAAAUCAAAGAGGCCGGCAAAAAUAUGAUGGAAUAUGAAGAAGAUAAGUAUAACCUGAAAUGUUCAAAGGAAGUAGCUUUUAAUUUAGAGUGUGGUCAUUCAAUAACAACAGUUUGUUACAAGAAACUAGCUUACGAGAAGAAAUCUGCAUCAACACAAACGGAAGGAAAAGCUGGAAUUGAAUGUGAAACUAUGGUUGAUCUAAAUUUAGAAUGUGGUCAUACAACAACUGUCAAAUGCUUUGAAAGGUUUCAAUACGAAAACCUGAAAAACCUGACCGCCUUACCUAGAGGGUUUUUCAGAAAUGUCAGAACAUUAAAUAUUAUUAAAAUAUUAAAUAUUAAAUGUUCAACAAGUGUAGAUAUUGAGCUCACUUGUGGCCAUAUAGGACAAACAACGUGUUGGGAAAAAGAAAACAGGACAUUCUACAAUAGAGUAGUGAGCAAUUGCAAGGCACUAGUUGAAAUACAUAUGGAACAAUGUGAGCACACGAAAAUGGUUGAAUGCCAUCAUAAGCACAACAAAUUCGAAUGCCAUGAAAAUUCUCUUUAUACGUACCCGAAAUGCGGACAUGAAAGGUACUUCGAAUGUUGUCAACAUCCAGAUAUUCAAAAACUACAACGUAAAGCCCAAAUUGCAAUGAGAAGGCGUGGGAUAGGAAGGAGGUAUAAUUAUCGCGAGGAAAUCGAAUAUGAAAUACCGUUAUGUGAACAUCUGAUGGAGAAGCAACUGACUUGCGGUCAUAAGAUAACUGUUCAGUGUAAAAUGGCCGAUACUGCAGUUUGCAAUCAAAAGUGUGAACAAAUUUUGAUUUGCGGUCACUCUUGUUCAAAUCAAUGUACAUUAUGCGAAGAAAACAUCACUCACAAAAAAUGCAUGCGCAAAUGUGGUAAACGAUUGUUCUGUGGUCAUGAUUGCAACGGAGAGACAUGUAUGCAAUGUAGACCGUGUAACAAGGUAUGCUCUUUUUCAUGUGCUCAUGAUAUUUGCAAGCUAAAUUGUAGAGACAAUUGUUUUCCUUGCAAAAAACCAUGCCCUUGGAAAUGUCCGCACUUUCAAUGUUCAAAAUUAUGUUCAGAAGAAUGCGACCGACCGCUUUGUUCAGAAGAUUGUGAACAUAAACUGACUUGUGGUCAUAAAUGCCCCGGAUUUUGUGGCGAGCCAUGUCCAGUUUCUUGCGAAGACUGCGAUGCAUCAAACUUUUUUGAAGGUGACGAGGGAAUAAAAACCGUCACAAUAAAAGAAUGCGGGCAUUCAUUUGGGUAUAAAUAUCUUGAUAACCUCAUGGGAGAGACUGCUAGCGAAUUAACAUCACAAUGCCCAAGCUGUGAACGAGUUUUUAAUUGGCAUCCACGGUAUGAUAAAAUACUAAAAAGGAAGAAACUGUUAACAGAAGAACUUAAAAAGAAUUUUCAAAAGAUAACAAAACAAUCGUUUUAUACAUUUCCAUUGUGUGAUUUAAAAAUUGUUCAACAAUUCCACAAUUAUAUUGGGUCGUUUAAUACCUAUGUACAAAUCAUCAGCUACAUAGCUCGAGACAGGAAUAAUGUUAAAAUCAAAUCCUUUCAAGCAUAUGCUGAUAACAUUUUGAAGGCAAUGAGGAGGACAACAAGUAAAUGCCUACAGAAUUGGAUAGAUAUCUAUGAUGCGAUAUUUCGCUUAUAUGUAAAGUGGAUGUUACAAAUUGUAACAAGCAAUGAAAAACUUCUUGAAAGGAAAUUUAAUGGUACAAAUAUAACCCAAAAUCAAGACGAAAAUGAGUGCGCAAGUUCUCAUAAUGUUCCCGAAGGUGAUAUAUUCUCUACCGAAUUUAAAGAAUCAAAGAAAUCUAAACCUGUUGUAAGAUGUAAUAGAAGAAACGACGAGAAUAAUCAAUUCGAAGUUGUUGAAAUAUCAGCAAUGUUUGAAGAAAAUAGCAUGGUCUGUCUGAGUCAAGAGUCGAAAUCAAUGGAAAUCGGAUGUGAUGGAGACACUUCAAAAAAUCAAAAAGAUAAAGAGGUAUCAGAACAGGAAGUAGAGGAAUGGCUUACUGGAUUGGACAUUGUGAGAAGGAUCGAAGAUUCAAUGAUAAGUAAUCAGAAAGGUGAAGUAGAAAGAUUACUAAGUUUUAUGAUACCCUUUAUGAGAAAUGAACCUCAUUUUACAGAGGCAAUACAAUGUCCUAAGCUCACCUCAGUUACUGCAAUUGGUGUCCACGAGAAAGACUGGAAAAUAUGCAAACAAGGCCAUCUUGCAUCUACCUUGAUUCAUCAAAAUUGUUUUACCUGUGAUGAUGCCACAGCCUCGAAAGUGUCUGGACAGUCAUUGGAAGGAGUUCUUUGGAAAACACAUUUCGAACAUCUAACUGAAAAGUCUGAUUGGGCUAAAUACAAUCAAGGUAAAGGCAAUGUAAUGGGUGCACAACAGAAAAGAAAUAAACGAAACAAAUCUAAUAAAAAUAGAAUGCCUAUUACAUUUGAAAAGGAUACCAUACAAACAAACACAGAAGAAGUUCGUACACAUUUUCAAGGCAGCAAUCGUGCGUCAGAUAAUUUUACACUUCAACAUUACAUAAAUCCAAAUACAAAUGGAGGUUCUUAUAAAGGAAACAGUCGCGGACGAGGGCGUGGUAGAGGCAAUAAAAAUCAACAAACAGCUGAGGUGGCUGGACGUCCACUACACACUCGUCCAGUGGGAUUUCAAGGAUAUAAUACAGAUUUUAACUCUCCGGUAGUGCGACCUCAAAGGGGUCAUAGCGCAUCCAAUUUUAUGGAAUCGAACUUUGGUCGAUCCACCGAUGGUAGAGGGACAGGUUAUAAUGGAAUGUGGCAGAGAAAUACUGUUCCUCAUCCGGAUCUAGGUAUUCCUCAUCAUGUUCCAGUAGCAGGUGAUAAUGGAAAGCGGCAGAGCAAUAGUGUUCCGCAUCAUGAGCAAGAAUUUAUUCAUAAUAAAAACUGGGAGAGAAAUGUUCCUCAUCAGGAGCAGGUUGCAGGAUUUGGAAUACAUAUGCAACAAAACAAGAUAAAUAAUGAACCGGAUGAAAACUUAAAACAUUUUACAGCAGGAUUUGGCAGUCCUAAAUAUGAAUAUUGUUCGUCUGAUUCACGUCCUGGAAGUAGAGGUCAACGGGGCCGCGGGAGGAGGGGUAGAAGAGGUGGUAGAGGCGCUAGAAACUGAUAAAUUAGAUUUAUAUUUUAAUGAAGGUUUUUACGAGUAAUGAAUAUAUCGUAUUUAGUGUGUAUUAUUUUAAAAGACAAAAAUAUGAAAACCCGUCUAUUUUGUUUUUCAAUUGAUAAUGCAUAUGUAAUGUAGCUAUCUUUAUUUGGGAGUAAUAUACAAUAUAAUAGUACUUGUUUUGCAGUGAUAUGUUAUAUAGCUAUUCAUAUUUUGCAGUUAUUAUAUGUUUUUAAUCCAUUUAUAUUUUGCAGUCAAUUGAAAACCUUUUUAUACGACUGCAAAAACUUGCGUUCGUAUAUUGCUAUCACGUCGUUGUCGUCGAUGUCCGAAUACAUUUAGUUUCCCAGUUUCAAUUCUGGACAAUAACCUUAGUAUAAUUUAAAAGAACGCUUUUGAAUUGGAACAUGAGGUUUUGUACCACAAAAUCAAAGCUUGGAAUUGAAUUUGGGGGUUAUGGUCCCAACGGUUUAUGACUUAGGGCAAAUAAAGGGUCAAAACAAGCAUUUUGUUCUAGUUUCAGGAGAAUAACUGGUGUAUAGUAUUUUGAUUGCUGUGAAAUUGUACAAUAGGGUUCAAUAUCAAUAUCACAAGUAGAAUGUUUGGGAUUCAUUUUGCGGAUUGUCAAAACCGUUCUGGUAUAAUGGUAAAAAUAUGGCCACAACUAGCAUUUUUUCUAGUUUUCAUACAAUUAUUUGUUUUUAGUGUAUGGAGUCCCUAAAAUUUUACCACAUUUAACGAAACUAUCCCCUCUAGAUUUAAGAAAUUUUCAAUUUUCCAAAAACGAAAUUGGGAGUUGCAAUUUAUUUUGUUAAUUCUUUCUGUAUUGUCUGAGAACAGAUUUACUAAGUUUUGCGCAACUGUACUGUUAUUCUGUGAGAAACAUAGCAUGUGUGAAAAAAUUAAUUACAAUCCAAAACAGACCUGUAUCAAGCUUGAAUAUUGUGUCAAUUUUUGCCCCAACUGUUCAGGGGUUGGACUUCUGCAGUCUCAUCAAGCUUUGCUCGGCGAAGCUCAUUUCGUUUAAUUUGUAUGACAUGAAACCAUUUUUUGAUUCACGAUAUAAGAAUGAUGUGAUUGUUAGAAUACUAUUUGUUUUAGAUGUUUCGGGUUUUUAUGCUCUUUAAUUUCUUAUUUGUUAUGGCACUGGGAUUGUUAUUUUAGCGCAACUCAUAAGUCAUAUAAAGUCGAAACAAGCGUUUAACGUGCCAUAUUAUAUUACAAAAAUGUAUCUGUGAUAAGAUUUUUUACAUUUUGUACAUAAUAAAAUGUGGCAUUGCUUGAUUCUUAGUUUCUCUUUAUUUUUCUCAAAAUAUUUCAUUUAUACAUUGUGCGUUCAUGUCUGCUGUUAUUAAUUGGUUCCUUCCAAAUGACUGUUUAGGAGGUGUCUCCCAUAUGAAAUAGAUACUAUGCAUACUAUAUGAUAAAGAUGAUCAUCGGUUUAAUACUUAUUUUUGUAUUUCUUUAACUUGUGUUAUUGUAUUUCUUUAAUUUGUAUUAUUGUAUUUCUUUAACUUGUAUUAUCAAUACAGUACACCAUGUAAAAGUGACAAACUAUCUGAAUGAUCUAGUUUUAAUUCAUUGGAUUUCAGACGCAUCAUUCUAGUUUCAGCAAAUGUUGUUAGCAUGCGCCUAUAGGUCGGCACUACGCAGAAAUGUUUAUCAAAUCUAUUUUUGUGCUUAGAAACGAAAACAAAAAAGUUUUUUUAAUUUAUUGAUUUUUUUGGAUUUUUUGGGGGCAAACAAAUGUGUAUAUGUUACAGUGAACUUGUAUAAUCAGUGAUUACGUAGAAUCCCUGAAAUUUUCAGGGAUUAUGUAGAAUCACUGGCUAGUUUAGGGAUUAUAUAUAAUCACUAAAAUUUUCAGGGAUUAUGCAUAAUCACUGGAAAAAACGUUAGGGAUUAUACAUAAUAACUGAAAUGAAGAAAUAGGUUUAUCUAUAAAAAAAAUGAAUAAAAGUCAAAUGAUUUAUUCUAUAAAAUAAUAUAAAACAUCAAUAUAAACAUAAAUUGUAAAAUAUUAAGAAAAAAAUAUAAAAAUGAUAACCCCAUUUUUUUUAAAUGUUCGGCACAAUAUAUUAAAAUGUUAAACAUAAUAUAUUAAAAUGUUAAACAUAAUAUAUUAAAACAAUAUGCUUCACAUCUGUUUCUAUCACAAUAUCCACAUUGAAAAAAAAAUUUCAUUCACAUAAUGAAUCAAAAUUUUCGACACACCUCAGAAAAAUAAAGUGUUCUGUAAACCAUCUCAAGGUAUCCCGAAAAAAAAAGGAAUGAGCAACCUGGAAACUGUUCAAACUGUUUUGUGGCCAGACAAUAUUCUUUUUCAGACUUUUUGUGAACAAUUACCAAUGAUUAUGUUUUUGGGAUUUCCCUUUUCUUUUUUCCCUGCAGAAUUGCUAUGAGAAUAUAAUGCCAAAUGCCAGUUUCCUCUAAAAUUUUGUUUUCUUUAUCAAUCCUUCAAUUCUGCCUGUUUAAACAUGACAGUUCUCUCAGUUUGAAUUUUUCUUGUUCAUUUGACAAAAAAAUACCCAAAACAAAAAAAACUUAAUCAUAAAACAGAUGUUCCAUAAUCUUCUUUGCCACAAAUAACAAGCUCUGUGGAUUUACAAAUCGAACAUGAAUAUCCACUUGACGCUGGCUUUUUUUCAUUAAGGAACAAACAAUACAUGUAAAGUUAUAGCUAUAAAGGGAGUGUUUUAUCAUCAUGACAUUUAAGUUCUCUCAGUUUGAAUUUUCUUUGUUCAUUUGACAAAAAAAUACUAAAAACAAAAAAACAAAAUAACCACAAAACAGACGCAAAAUUAGCGGUUGUCGAAGCGUCAGAAACUGACAAUUUAGAUGGUAUUUAUUUUAAAUGUUUGUUUAUCAUAGCUAACUUUGUAAUAAUGGCUAUUAUAUAUUUUAGACAUCUUUUUUAGUAGGCAAAAGUAUGGAAUAUUUUUGGCAUUUUGGUUAUAGCGAUUAUUUUAUGUAGUCAUCAAUAUUUUCCAGUUAUAACGUGUUUGUUGCAUUCAUACAUAUUUUGCAGUGAUUUUAUAAAUUUUAUGUUACCGUCUAUUUUUUUUGUAUUCAACUGAUAUUUUUGUCGCUUUGUACUCGUUUAAACAAUGUAGCUGUUAACAAAUAUAAUUUUGUCUGUACGUGUGUUUGUAAGAACAUACAAUUUUAUGUUAUUUUGGAUUAUUAUGCAUUACAGCUUCGUAUUUGAAUUGGCUGCUGACUUGCCUUGAUUCGAGCAUCAUUUAUUAGUUAUAUAUAGACGAAACGCGCGUCAGAGGUACACAAUUAUGCGGUUUAGCUACCUAUAAAACAAGAUUUAAUCCACCAUUUUCUAUAUAUGAAAAUGGCUGUGCCAAACAAGGAAUAUAAUAGUUAUUAAUUUGUUUGAUAUGCUUGGGCUAUUGAUUUUUUUUAUUUGAUUAGGAACUUUCUAUUUAGAAUAUUACUCAGAGUGCAGUAUUUUUCUUUAAUGUAAUUUUUAUAAGCUUGAUGUGUUUUAUACUCUGUGCUCCUUCUUCAAAAUAUUUUGUAGCUUCCUAGAGAUUAUAUACUUAUGAUCUCAGAAUUUAAAUUGAAGCCAUUUGCAUAGGGUCUUUCCGUUUUGAUAUUCCAUGCACUAGUAUUCGUUGAUUACUGUGGUUCUGUCUAUAAAACUCCUUGAUAACAAAAUAUUUAAGAAAAGAAAUAUAAGCGCAAAAUUAUUUAUAAAACAUAUUGUUUUUGUUUCUUGUGAUG